AUGCGACUUACUCUCGUUAUUUUAAUUAAAAAUUUCUUAUUAAUAUUUUUUAUCAAAAAUGUUAGUUUAUGUCUAUUUUAAAUAAAUGCAAUCAAUAAUAUCAAUAAAUAAUCAUAUAAAUAAAUAUUAAACUCUCUCCUCAUUUAUAAAGAAGAUAGUGUUAGAGCUUACUUUAUUAGAAUUGUAAUACUAGGAAAGGAUCGCGCUGGGAAAUCGUGCUUAUUGCUUUCAUACACAAGUGAAGGAUUUUCUGAAGAUUACUUAAAUACGAUUGGAGUUGAUUAUGUAAGUUUUAUUAAGAAAGCAAAAUUAAUUGAAUUUGAAGGAAAAUUUAUAAGAGUCCAGUUAUGGGACACUGCAGGGCAGGAAAGAUUUCAUGCAAUAACUAGUUGAUAUCUUAGAGGCGCAGACGGAUUUAUAAUUGUUAUGGACUUGACAAGUCCAGCUGCAUUAGAUACUGUAACCUCAUGAAGAAGUAAGGUAAAAGAGAAGCUUCCAGAAAAUAAAGUACCAAUUCUUCUCAUUGGAACCAAAGUAGAUCUUGAUCAUGACAGAGUGAUCAGUUAUGAUGAAGCCAAGAAGCUUGCAGAUGAAUUGAAUUUUAUAUAUGUAGAAACCUCAGCUAAGACAAGAAAAAACGUAGAUAAAGCAUUUGAAAUUUAUCAAGAAGCAUCAUGAAUAAUAAACAGAAUAACAAUUUAUUUUAAAAAUAAUGAUUUAAAAUGCAGCUCUUGCUAUACGCUCUGAGAUCAAAUGGAUUGUUUAUACUUUGAUAUAACUUAUUAACUCCCUCCCCUCCGUGAGUGAGCAAAACCAUUAGAAAAAUUCCUAUUUUUGCCCAAAAACCCACCCUCGGUGAGUGAACAAAAAUUUUUUAUGAAAAAAAAAAUUGAUAUAUAAGUGAUAAUUAAUAUAAUGAAAUCUAUAGGCAAUUCUGUUUAAUUUUAAAAACUUGCGUUUUAAAACAUAAAUUUUAUAAAUUAAAUUAAUAUUUGCUUUCCAAUUUUAGCGAAUUAGGAUUUUUUUAAAAUAUCUAAAAAAAAUUUUUUCAAUAAGAUUUAUAUAUAAUUUUUUUUAACAAAAAGUUAACCCCCCUCCUUGAUCGAACAAGAUUUUUUUGUUCACUCUCGGAGGGGGGAGUAA